AUGGAGUAUUCAGAUCAGUCGACAAAUGACGACAAUCCAUUCCUUCGACCUUCUAAUUCGGCCAACACGAUCCCUUCACUUUUCAACAACCAAUCUCGUGCCACUAGUGUAAGCUCGACAAGCUUUCCCCUAUUCUCUGCGACUGGAAAGAACUAUGGCAAUCCAGUUUUACAUUCUCCAGAAAGUAGUAUAAAAAGUGGCAUUAGAAACAUUAUGUCACCUCUUAGUUCUAUAAAGAGGGCGAGAACCUCUGUGGCUGGCGGAUUGCAGAGCGCAAGGAAGAAAUCAAGGUAUGAGUCUCAUACAGCGCCAAUAUUUGGGGAUCGCGUUACGACUACUAUUCCGGUGCGGACCCCAUUCGGUGCCUCUAGUGACUACUCUCCAUCGGAAUCUCCUUUCAGUUCAAUGUUUCGUAUCCCGUCUGAUUUAGUAUCUGAUGUGCCACCUUCGACCAAAGAACAAUCCGAAGAAAUCAAGAAACUUCUUGCUCAACUUAAAGAAGCUCGGGUUAGCGCCAAAAUAAUGGAAAGAGAAUUGAGAUUAAAGCAAUCCGAUUACGAGAGAAAAAUCUCAAGAUUGAAUGGGCAAAAGGCUGACAUGAUGAUAAAAUACGAAGAGUUGCAUGCAGAAAAAUCUAGACUAGAGAAGGAAUUGGAAUCAUAUAAAUCAACAGAAGAGGAGGUUGAAGAGAGAAACAAUACUUCUCGGGCAAAGAUGGAAGAAAUGAUUGAAAAAGCAAACUUAGAGAACCAAGACUUGAGACAACAGCUGCAUGAAACGAAUACUAAAUUAUUACGACUUGAAGUUGCUUAUAAUAAACAAGAGACCGACCAUCCAUUGGAAAUGCAGAAGCUUUCGUCCAAGGCAUCCAGAUGCGAGACUAUGCUUGCCGCUGCUAACGAUGAGAUUGAAGAACUAAAGAAACUUUUAUCUUCACGGCAAGCUUUGUUGUCCGAAACUCAGCACCGUUUGACAGCUGCUGAACAGAAAUUGUCCAACUACAAAGUCAACUCCUUCGAGCUUGACAAUGUUGACGUGUAUAAAACAAAAAUAAAAGAGCAAAGUUCUCGUCUUAGAUCAUUGGAAGAAGCAAAUCAGAACCUCAACGGCGAGGUAAAAAUGCUCAGGAUGGCAUCUCCAAGCCUACAAGUGCUAAAAGAAGAUCGCGAUUCAAUGCGAGCAGAAUUGUACAAGAUGAAACCUUUGUAUAGGAGUAUUGCCGACUUGGAAGCGGAAAAUGCGAAUUUAAAAAAGGAGAGGCUCGAGUGGGCACAAUAUUUUGACCAGCAAACAGAGGACAAAUCGGUCACGCCGUCUGCGCUUUGUAAAGAAGUCGCUGCGCGCCGUAUCGCUACAGACGCAUUAAAAGAAAGGAUAAACAAUUUAAAUGAACAUUUAAGGAACAAAGAUGUUAUCAUUUCAGACAAGGAAUCUCAAAUUCUGAAUCUAUCGGUCAAGUAUGAUAAUUUGGAACGACAAUACCAAGUGGCAGUUAAAACAUGGGAAAGACGGAAAGCUUUACUGGAGAAAAAUAUAGAGACUUAUAGAGAUUUUAUGGCGAGCACUGACGAAGAACAGAAGAAAAUAAAUGAAUCUUACGACACGAAGCAAUCAGAACGAAUUCAAAAGUUGGAGGAAAUAAUUGAAGAAUAUCAGAAAACGCUAGAUGAAGCUUUAUCGAAUACUACAAAUUCCCAGCAAUCAGAUGCGGUUGAAGCAGUUGAUGGUGGCACGAAUGAGGCGUUAAAAUUGCAAGUGGAAAUAUUACUGAAUCGUAACAAUGAGCUGGAAGGGAUAAUCGAGCAAUUUAAAGCGAACAAUGUGCUUCUUGAACGAGAAACGGGAGGACUUAAGGAACAAUUGCGAAUUCUCGAACGUUCUAUUAUUCAAAUACAAAAUACUGAGCAUGAAGUUACUAGAAAAAACGAAGAAUUGGAUAAAAGCCUCGAUAGGGUUAAUGCUGAAAAUGCGGCGCUGAGAAAGGAAACCGUGCAGCUUUACAAACAAAUAUCUGACCUAGAAAGGGCUGUAGGCAGCGGACAAUUUAACAAAGAGACAACGAGGGUUUUGGAGUUGAAAGACAACCCUGAAUCAAGAGAACAAGCUAUUCGCGAGAGCACGCUUGCCGCUUUAACAAACGAAAAUAAGAAAUUACUUGAAACUCUGCAAAAGCUACAAGCAGAGGUCGCAAGCGCGGGUGGCGAUCGAAAUAUGGACGAAACUGAUGUUAUACCAACUCAGAGUUAUAAGAAUCUGGAAACGCGUUUGCAGGGAGAAAUCGCAGAGAAAGAAAAGAUGAUUUCGAGAUUGAAGGAGGUAUGGAAAGCAAAAGCUAAUGAAUAUAGGCAAGCUGUUUACAGUCUUCUCGGCUAUAGAUUUGAUUUUCUCGAGAAUGGAAGUGUUCGGUUAACGUCGACGUAUUCCGAGAACAAGGAACAUUCCUUCAUCUUUACGUCUGACGAAGAUAAUCAUGGCACUAUGCAAUUAAUUGGAGGCAAUGAAAAUUACAUAAGAAGUCUGGAGCACUUGAGAAAGUUUUGGGUGAGUGAGCGUGGAUCCAUUCCAUGCUUUCUAAGUGCUUUGACUUUGGAACUGUUUGACAAGACUCCGGAGGGACAGAGUGCUGGAUGGAUUCGUACUGACACAUGA